AUAAUGCUAAACACGAUUCAUGGGGAAGUUGAGUGCAAGUGUUAUUUAAGUGGAAUGCCUGUUUUAAAAAUGGGAAUUAACGAAAGUUUCAGCAGAGACGAUGAACUCGAGAGAUUGGUAUUUACUAACCUGAAUUUUCAUCAAUCCGUAACUCUGUCACAUAUUCAGGACUCUAUAACAUUUGUACCCCCCGAUGGGACAUUCAAGCUUUUAAGUUAUCAGAUCUCCAACACUGUUCGACUGAAGCCUUUGAUAAUGAUAAGGCCAAAAUUUAAAAUCUUCAGGAAGAACAACAUUUAUAAAUUGCGCAUCAAGGUGGAGAUCAAGACGAGCUUCAAAAAACGCUACUCACUUCGCGAUGUGAACAUGCACAUUCCCUUGAUGAUUCCCUUAAGGAGUCUUAAAGUCAACUUUAAUAAGCCACUGAGGUUUAAAACAAAGUUAGGAUCUGUUGUAUACAAUAUGGAGAAAAAUUGUCUUUCUUGGAUGAUCCCGAAACUCGAGGGCAAUUCCGGGGGUGAGAUGCAAAGCGAAAUGGACCUUUUACAUUUUGAAACGAUAGAAAAACAGCAUAUAUCCAAUGUUCAUCUCCUCAAACAAAAUAAGAAUGAUUUGAUAUAUUAUGAUUUGAACGAGGAACUCAAAGUACUAGACAACUCCAAAUCCCCACAUGCGAAGCAAGUUCCCUCAAUCAAUAUAGAGUUUGAUUUACCUUCAGCUCUUUACAGUGAUCUCAAGGUCACUUACCUUAAGAUUGAAGAGCCUCAAUUCAAAUUCCAGAGUUUUCCGUGGGUCAAGUAUACAGUGUCAUGCCGAAAUGAAGACUAUUCGUUUACGUUGAGUAACGAUUUGUUUGAAAUUGAUCUGACUCCGGAUGAAUUGAACGAGAUAGAAAAUCGCAGUGACAUGCAAAAUAAAAUGACAACAGAAUUGUCCUCCACAAAUGAGGAUGCAUAUACAGACAAAAUUCAAGCAUCAGGCAGUUUCCAAAGUCUACAAUCAAAAGCUCAUGAACCUAUGGUGGACUUUGAGGAGUAUAUGAUUGAAGAAGAUGCUGCUAGCAUCCAUACAAAACUUUCAACUUCACCAGAGGGAACAUGUUUUGAGGUCCCUGAGCAAAAUGAAUUACCGAGGGAUCAUGAUCCAUAGCAAAAACAAAGGGUCUCAUUAAGCCUCCAGAUUGAUCGAUGGAUCCACCAGGUAUUUAGCCCUAGAGUUUGAUGGUACCCGAAUACACACAGUCAGGUGCAUUUGCGCAACAAAUAACCUGAAGCUCUCGAAAGGAGCUUCGAUUAGGAGAGUGGUGUGAAAAACAAUUCUACUUUGUAAAUUGCUUCGACAUAUCCGUUCACCCUUGUCUGACCCCAAGCACCUGCAUGUAACAGAUAUAUAUAAUUAC